AACGCUGUAUUUCUUUCUCACUUUCCUAUAAGUCUAAAAUUGAUUUGAAAUAAAAAGUUAAAGCAUUUUUUUAAAUAGGAAAGCAAAUACCAGAUCCCUUUUAUUCAUUUAGCAAGUACUUGUCGAGUAUAUGCUAUAUGCCAGUCACUGGGCAUUGAAAUUGGAAUGGUAAACAAGACAGAGCCGGUUCCUGCCUUCGUGGAGAUGAACACUAUCAUGGUGAGGUGUAAAGUUAUGCCUUCUCAGAAUGCUGCGCUUUCUCAGGAGGGGCACGUGGAGGAGAGAGAAAGGAAGAAUGGAUCACAGAGAGUCAGGUCUCCAGGAUCACUGACAUUCCAGGAUGUGGCUGUGGAUUUCACCAGAGAGGAGUGGGACCAGCUGUACCCGGCUCAGAAGAACCUCUACCGAGACGUAAUGCUGGAGAACUAUAGAAAUCUGGUCGCACUGGGGCAACAACUUUAUAAGCCAGAGGUGAUUACUCAAUUGGAGCAAGAAGAGCAGUGGACGAUAGAGAGAGACAGCCCACUGGACCCUCCUCCAGAUGGAGAGAACAGACCUGAAAUCACAAAGUCAACUCCAAACCAGAAUAUUUCCAUUGAAAAUCAAACCCAUGACAUGAUAAUGGCAAGAAUAACAGGAGACAGUUUCUGGUACUCCAUCUUGGGAGGUAUCUGGGACUUUGACUACCAAUUAGAGUUUAACCAAGAAAACCAGCAGACUCAUGUGGGACAAGUGUCUUUCCUCCACAAAAAGAUCACACAAGAGAGAAGCCUUGACCGUAAUAAGUUUGUAGAAAACUGUAAUCUGAACUCAAACCUUAUUCUGCAUCAGAGAAUUCCUUCUAUUAAAAUACCCUUUAAUUCUGUCACACAAGCAAAUAGCAACAGACAUAAUUCAGGCUUGAUUUACUAUCAGGGAAACUAUGUAAGGGAGAACCCCUAUGAAUAUAGUGAGUGUGGAAAAAUCUUCAAUCAACAUAUUCUUCUUACUAGUCAUAUUCCUACCCGAGAGAAACCCAGUGACUAUGGAAAGGCCUUUAGCCACAACUCAUCUCUUACCCCAUCCCAGAUAGUCCUUACAGGAGAGAAGCCCUAUAAGUGUGAUGAAUGUGGCAAAAGAUUCAGCCAGAGGAUCCAUCUUAUUCAGCAUCAGAGAAUUCACACAGGAGAAAAACCUUUUAUAUGCAAUGACUGUGGGAAAGCCUUCCGUCAACAUUCAUCCUUCACUCAACAUCUGAGGAUUCAUACCGGAGAGAAGCCCUACAAGUGCAAUCAAUGUGGAAAAGCCUUUAGCCGCAUCACGUCCCUUACUGAACAUCACAGACUUCAUACUGGAGAGAAACCUUACGAGUGCAGUUUCUGUGGCAAAGCCUUCAGCCAGAGGACCCAUCUAAAUCAGCAUGAAAGAACUCAUACGGGAGAGAAGCCCUAUAAAUGUACCGAAUGUGGGAAAGCCUUUAGUCAGAGUGCACACCUUAAUCAACACAGGAAGAUCCAUACUCGGGAGAAGGCGUGUGACUACAAAUGUGAGAAAACCUUAAGCUACAGCUCUUCACUGACUCAGCAGCAUAUGAACUUAGAAAUGUAGGACAUUUUUGGGGGUCACACCUUUUCAUUUUAUUCAAUAUCGAGUUAAUUCAUAGUGAAGAGAAAGCUUAUAAAUAAACUUAAUGCAUAGAAACCAAAUAAGCUUAGACCUUAAACUAGUAGCAUAUUAUAUCCCUAGGAGGGGCUAUAAUAGUGAAAAAUAUUUAUUUUAUUUUAGUUUUGUUUGGUUUUGUUUUUUAGUUUUUUGCCAGAG